CAAAUGCAAAAUAAACAAACAAACGAUACUUGUAAGACGGUCAAGCAAGAAUUGGAGGACAUAUCUAAAACUUUAACCUUCUUAGAGUUGUCUGGAUCUACAAUGUGGUAUUCUGCUGUCGCACAACCCUAA